GGGCCUGUCCACCUGUCCGAGGCUGCAGUCCCCUAGCUCUCUGCCACUUACCUUCCUUCAUGUUUCUCUACCGCUGCUCUUAUCACUAUCUGGCCUGCUAUAUAUUUACCAAAAGAAACUAAUCUCCCCUGCUAGACUACAGGUGUCUCAAGGGUGGGACUUUGUUUUUUGACCUCAAGUGCCUUGAACACUACCUGAACAGAGUAGAUGCCCAAUAAGUACCUGUAACAAAGAAAAGGAGGUGGAGGAAGUGGGAGAAUGAGUCAUCUUACAGACAGGGAGGGCCCACCAUGGGCCCAGGUAGAGCCGCCCUGGCUGCCUUCUCCUCAUAAAGCCUAAGCUCAAGCUCAAGGACGGAUUGGCGCUGCGGAGGGGAGGGUCGCCUGGGGUCAGCCUUUCCCCCAGGAUCACCCUCCAUCUUCGGUGCCAUCCUCAUCCUUGGGUGGAAGUUGUCUGGGCCCACAGGGUUGGAGCCACAGAUAACACAGCCAUUAAUCUCGGGGUCUCAGCCUCUCUUAACGGACCUUCCAGGCACUGCUGAGAAAACCAGGUUACUGGUUUCCUGCGGCAGCAAUGAGCAGAAGCAGGGCCAUCUCCAGACUCCAGAGAAGCCAGGAGAGGGCUGGGAUGAGAAUGUAGAGGAGGAGAGAAAACGGCCACCCAAUUCGUUUCUUCCCUGUGCCAGGCCCUUGUCCUGAAAUGUUAUCUCACUCCAUCCUCCCAACAGUCACUUGGGCUAAAUUGGUGAUGCUGCUUGUUUGGGUGAGCAAACAGAGGGUGAAGAAAGUGACUUGUGGGCAGCUGGGUAGAGGAUGAGACAGCAUUGGUGUAAAGGACUUGAGCUUCAGGGUUCUCGGGAUUCGAGUCCUGGCCCUGCUGCUUGCCAGCUCUGUGCUGUGGCAAGUUACUUCCUCUCCCCAAGUCUCUCGGUUUCCUCAUCUGCUGCCUCUCCAGACUUCUGCCAGACAUUGCACGCGACAGUUUCAGGCAUAGAACUGACUGGUAGCAGGGGCUGCUCCGCGAGUGGGAAUUUGCUCCAGCACUUCACGGACUGCAAGCAGGGCACUCGCUAACUCCUGGGUUUGUCAUUCUGGAGCCAGCCAGAUGCCACAGGUAGGACCAGAACUCCUCCAGAACUGACACCAUGGUUGUUACCCCAACUGAAAAAAGGAAACUGGAAGAGGCCGUCCCUGCUGUGAGGUCGCCCUCUUGGAAUGCUGCUUCCCACUCUGGAUCUGGCCUCCCCGGGACAAUGAGGAGCCACAUCUCCUGCUCUGGUCUCCUAACAGCUCUGAGGCCAGUUUGGUGGUGAGGAGGGGAUGGGGAGGAUGUGGCACAGGCAACUGGGUCCUCAGGGGCAUCACAUCUAUCUCCACAGCCCAUGUCCAUCACUCCUUAUGCGCCCUGCACCUGCUGUGUGGAAGAAGCAGUCGCUGUGAAAUGGGGGAACGUAGGAGGAUCUGGUGACACAUACUGCGAAGACUGAGAGACGGCUGAGCAGAAAGAAAAUUGCUGGUUCUAUGGGGCUGACAGCCUGUGGUUCUCCCCUACCCCUCCUCCUCUGCCCCAUCCCCCUCUUUCCCCUGCUGGGGUAGAGGAGUGUUCCGGGAAGGAUGCCUUUUUUCCACCUCCUUGCUCCUCUAAGCCCAGUUUCCGCCAGGCGCUAGGCGUGGUGUUGGCGAUGGCAGGGAGCCGGUGGCCCCCACAGAGACUCUUUUAGUCAGAGACAGUCCUGCCAGGAAACAGAGGAAGCUGCUCACCCUGUCAGAUGAGCUGCAGCCUAGCUGAGGGCAGGAGAGUGGGGAGCCUCAGGUCUGGCUUCUCUUUGCCCCAACACACUUGGGACCACCAGCGUACUGCAGGGACAGGAGGCUGCCUCCUCCCUGAAAAUAGGAAACUCACCUGAGCAGCCAUGGAGUGGGACAAUGGCACAGGACAGGCUCUGGGCUUGCCACCCACCACCUGUGUCUACCGCGAGAACUUCAAGCGACUGCUGCUGCCACCUGUGUAUUCGGCGGUGCUGGCGGCUGGCCUGCCGCUGAACGUCUGUGUCAUUACCCAGAUCUGCACGUCCCGCCGGGCCCUGACUCGCACGGCUGUGUAUACCCUAAACCUCGCCCUGGCCGACCUACUGUAUGCCUGCUCCCUGCCCCUGCUCAUCUACAACUAUGCCCAAGGUGACCACUGGCCCUUUGGCGACUUCGCCUGCCGCCUGGUCCGCUUCCUCUUCUACGCCAAUCUGCAUGGCAGCAUCCUCUUCCUCACCUGCAUCAGCUUCCAGCGCUACCUGGGCAUCUGCCACCCGCUGGCCCCCUGGCACAAACGUGGGGGCCGCCGGGCCGCCUGGCUAGUGUGUGUAGCCGUGUGGCUGGCUGUGACAACCCAGUCCCUGCCCACAGCCGUCUUUGCUGCCACAGGCAUCCAGCGUAACCGCACCGUCUGCUAUGACCUCAGCCCGCCUGCCCUGGCCACCCGCUAUAUGCCCUAUGGCAUGGCUCUCACUGUUAUCGGCUUCCUGCUGCCCUUUGCUGCCCUGCUGGCCUGCUACUGUCUCCUGGCCCGCCGCUUGUGCCGCCAGGAUGGCCCAGCAGAGCCUGUGGCCCAGGAGCGGCGUGGCAAGGCAGCCCGCAUGGCGGUGGUGGUGGCCGCUGCCUUUGCCAUCAGCUUCCUGCCUUUCCACAUCACCAAGACAGCCUACCUGGCAGUGCGCUCAACGCCAGGCGUCCCCUGCCCUGUGUUGGAGGCCUUUGCAGCGGCCUAUAAAGGCACACGGCCGUUCGCCAGCGCCAACAGCGUGCUGGACCCCAUCCUCUUCUACUUCACCCAGAAGAAGUUCCGCCGACGACCACAUGAGCUCCUACAGAAACUCACAGCCAAAUGGCAGAGGCAGGGUCGCUAAGUCCUCCAGGCCUGGGCAGCUUUCAUGUUUGCCAUUGUGUCCAGGGCACCAGGAGCCCCACCAACCCCAAACCAUGCAGAGAAUUAGAGCUCAGCUCAGCUGGGCAUGGAGUAAGGUCCCUCACAGGACCCAGAAGCUCACCAAAAACUAUUUCUUCAGCCCCUUCUCUGGCCCAGGCCCUGUGGGCAUGGAGAUGGACAGACCUGGGCCUGGCACUUGAGAGGUCCUAGUCAGCCAUAGAGAGCUGGGGAAACCACAUUAAGGUGCUCACAAAAAUACAGUGUGACGUGUACUAUCA